GUAACUAUACAGAAAAACAAACCAAAAUAUUCGUGAAGAGGUGUGUGUGAUGUUCUAUUCGAUUUGAUUGUUUCUUCAUAAGGAAUAUCAAGUUUAAAAAUUAUUUAUUAGAUAUUUAAUCAAUAAUUAUCAAUAAAAUCUAAGAUGGCACCUAUUAUUCCAUUUCCAAAUGAAAUUCCAACUGACAGCGCAGAGAAUAAUUCAAAUGAAUCUCCUGCAAACUUCGUAAGCGAUUCAGACAGUUAUUCCGAAGAUGAAGACCAUGAUGGUUACCAACCACUUUCACAAGAUCCUGAGAACUGUUUUGACAAUCACAGUGAUGAUAUGGACGAAGAUAGCAAUUUUUUACCAGAUGAAGAAAUGAUGGCCUGUGGUGUCAGUUUACCGAGUUCUUCCUUGCUGUUACCUGCUCCAUCUGAUGAAGUAAUGGUUUCAGAUUCAAAAGGUGACUUGAAGAAGGAUUUAAAAAUGGAUGAAGAUCAUAUUGAAACUAUUAAAUCUGUAAUGAAAAGCAUCACAUUACCGAAAUCCAAUUUACCACAAUGGGCAACUUCAGUACCUGAAGAAGAGUGGAAAUCUGCCCUUUUUUCUAGUAUGCUAAAUAAAAUAAAAAACGACAAUACUAAUUCAUGCUUUGGGGAAGGCUCAAAAAAGAAAGAUUCUGAUUUUUAUAAUGAUGUUGCUAGGUAAUUCUGUAAAUAAGAAUUGUUAUUCAUGUAUAAAUUUACUAUUGAAUGUUUGAUGUUGGAGAAGAUGUAUUCUUGGUUAAAAACUCUUGUAUAAGUUUAUUGAAUUUUUAAAAAUAUGUGUUGCAUUUAAUAUUGCUAUAGCUAAUGGCUUCAAUGUAUGUAUAGUUUUUCUCUACAGUUGGCAUUAGCUGUUUUGUAGAAAGCUUCUACAACUAUUUAUAAGAUUAUUUAUUUAAAAAUAAAAUUCAAUUCCUACCAUAUUA